GGGUUGUUCUUGCCCUCUUCGUCGUCGUCGUCGUCCUCAUGGUGGUGGUGGUUGUGGAGCAAGCAAGGACGAUCGAAUUGCUCUGGCAACCUCUCCCUCGCUCGCCCGCUCGCAUUCUUCCUUCUCGCCAGCUCUCCUCCUACUCUGUCUCCUCGGACCGCUCUCAUUACGGGAGGGUCAUUCACCCCUUGGCGUUGAUGAAGCUGUUUAUCGAUGUCGAACUUAGUCCCGAUGAAAUCCCCUCAGCAACGGAGCUCUUUCGAAUUUUAAGGGCGUUAACAGAUCACGUGAAAACACGAGACGUAGGUAAGCUGUUCCAAACUCUCAUCUUGAGGCUGGAGGAUGGCAGCCAGCUUGAUCGAGUCAGUAAAGAAAUCGCCACUCUUCUUACAGAUCCAUCUGAAAUGAUGUUAGAGGAGUUUCAAGCUGCUUUUGUGGCUGUGGUGUUUAACCAUGAGUUGGUUUUGCGACAGCAAAGUGUUGUGCCAUUCAUGUUCCUUUUGCCGAGACUACCAGAUCAGGCAAAAUCUCGAAUGCGGGAAUUCCUUAUUCCUAAGGUUUUGAAGCAUUUGACAGUGAGGAGACCAGUGGAAGCAAGUCGCAUGGAAUUUUUUGCUCAUGCUGAGGCUUUUGCAACUCUUGUGAACUUGGAAUUUGUUCCAAUGAAUGGCGCUGUCACCACUAUUAUCACUCUACUAAGAAAACCAGAGACGCGGUGUGCUGCUGUUACCAUGCUUGGGAAGACUGUAGAGUUGUGUUUACAGCAGCUCACUGAAAAAUGUGAUCCGAGCAUACUCCAAGAUCUUAACACUGCUUUACAAAAGGUCACUGAAGACGCAUUUCAGUAUGACAUCAACUAUAUCGAGGAAAGCAUGGGGUGGUGUCCUCCUCUAAUCGGAAUAGGAGAUUCACACGACUCACCAAGCUCUGGCUCUUUGUCAGUAUUGGGAGACGCGAAUACGGGAAUGGUGAUGGAUUCGUCAUCAGUUUCUCCCGGUAUGUUGAGGAAAUGGCAGCAUCAAAUCUGAUACUUGAUAUCAAGUGCUUGAAAACAUCUAAUCAUUGGUCAGAUAAUUCUCUGUUGGUAAGCACCUCUUGUUCUCAUGCAAUCUUGACGUGGUUUUGAGAAGACUAGCUGGUUAUGUCCAUUCGUUAAACUAGUAGGACCUGUAAUUUUACUGGCCAUUUUGAAUUCGUCUGCAUCCUGUGGCAGUGGAUUUGAACAAUCCUUCACGUAGUAUCUUUACGUAGUUUGAAGAUUCAAGGCAUAUUAUAGUACUAUUGCAAGGCAAAGCUAGUAGGGUACUAGUCUUCGACUCAGUAAGUGUGGAAAAGGUAGGGGACAAAUGGUUUCGCACGGACCAAUCGCAAUAAAAUUAUUAUAUUGUGAGAAA